CAGUUGGCCCAUAUAUAUAUAUAUUAUAUAUAUAAAUUGCUGAUAUAUAAACACAACACUGUGUGUAAAAAGGGCAAAGAGGAAAACACAAGCUACACAUUUUUCUUCAUCUUUCUCUCUCUAGUUUUUCCCCCUACGGUGGUUGGGGUUUGGUUUUCAAGAUUCAAUCUUGGCUAAUCUUUUUUCGUCGGAUGCAAGUAUUGUCUGAAAUCUUGAUCUGGGCUUUCUUGAUUUUGUUGAAAAGAUUCAAUCUUUUUUGUGAAGAACAGCCAUGCCUGCUCUUGUUAAUUACAGGGGUGAUGACGAUUUCAAUUCCAUCCGUUCGUCAUGUUCCGGAGAUUCCGGCCUUGUUUUCUCCAUCGGGUCCCACGCGGAAGUCUACUGCCCGCCCAGAAAGAGGUCCCGCAUCGCCGGCCCAUGUACACUUGGCGCAACCCUAUUGGCCGACGAUAAAACACCCUCAAUCGACACGCUCCCGGACGAAUGCCUCUUCGAGAUCUUCACGCACUUAUCCAACGGUCGGGAGAGGAGCACCUCCGCUUGCGUCUCCAAGCGGUGGCUAUCAGUAUUGAGCAGCGUACGGUGCUCCGAGUUUCACCGGAUCAAAACCCCGCAAGAAUCGGAUAUCGAGAUGGAGUCGUGCGAUGGGUACCUCACGAGGUGCGUCGAGGGGAAAAAAGCAACUGAUAUAAGGCUGGCGGCUAUUGCUGUCGGCACCUCCAGCCGUGGAGGACUAGGAAAGCUUUCGAUACGAGGAAGUAACUCUAGUCGGGGAGUUACUAACCAUGGUUUGUCGGUGAUUGCCCGUGGUUGCCCUUCGCUAAGGGCUCUCUCGUUGUGGAACGUGCCUUCUGUCGGGGAUGAAGGCCUAUUCGAAAUUGCGAGAGAAUGCCAUUCGUUGGAAAAGCUCGAUCUUUGCCAAUGCCCUUUAAUUACGAACAAGGGUUUAUCAGCAAUUGCGGAAAAUUGUCCGAAUUUGACCUCACUCACAAUCGAAUCUUGCAUAAACAUCGGAAACGAGGGUAUUCAGUCCAUUGCUAAAUUCUGCCCUAAGCUAAAUUCGAUUGCGAUAAAAGAUUGUCCUUUUAUCGGGGAUAAGGGUAUCGCUAGUCUAUUGUCGUCGACUUCCGACGCGUUGACUAAAGUCAAACUUCAGAAUCUGAACAUCACCGACUAUUCCGUCGCUGUGAUUGGUCACUACGGAAAAUCCGUCACUAAUCUCAUCUUAAGCGGGCUACAAAACGUGAGCCAGAAGGGGUUUUGGGUGAUGGGGCAAGCAAAAGGUCUAAAAAUGUUGUCUUCGUUGACCAUCACUUCUUGCAAGGGAAUAACCGAUCUGAGCAUCGAAUCAUUGGGAAAAGGUUGUCCUAACCUCAAACAUGUCUGUCUCCGUAAAUGCUACUUCGUUUCCGACAAAGGGCUCGUAGCUUUUGCAAAAGGUGUGACCUCGCUCGAGAGCUUGCAAUUGGAAGAGUGCAACAGAAUCACACAAAUCGGGAUAUUGAAUGCUCUCUCGAGCUGUGUUUCGAAAUUGAAAUCCGUUUCGUUGGUAAAGUGCAUGGGAAUCAAGGAUUUAGCUACGGAAAUUCCGUCGCUAUCUCCAUGUGAAUCUCUCAGAUCUUUAUCAAUCAAGAACUGCCCCGGAUUUGGAAGCACUAGCUUGGCUAUGGUCGGUAAACUCUGCCCGAAUCUCCACCACUUGGAUCUCAGUGGACUAUGCGGGAUCACCGACGGGGGCCUUCUUCCCCUUCUCGAAUCUUGCCAAACAGGGCUCGCUAGGGUUAAUCUGAGCCACUGCUCGAAUUUGACCGAAGAAGUUGUGUUCGCACUAGCUAGGUGCCACGGUGGGACCCUCGAAUUGCUCAAUCUUGAAAACUGCCAAAAAAUCACCGACGAAAGCUUGACGGCUCUUGCUGACAGCUGUCCAUUGCUCAACGAUCUUGAUCUUGCCAGGUGUACGAUCACCGAUGCAGGUGUCAAUGCUUUGUCGCGUGGGGUCCACACGAAUCUGCAGAUUCUUUCCCUGUCGGGGUGCUCGAUGGUAUCGAACGAGAGCAUGCAUGCACUCGAGAAAAUGGGGAAGACACUAUUGGGAUUGAAUAUCCAGCACUGCAACUCUAUCAGCAGCGGUAAAAUCGAAAUUCUCACCGAGAAUUUGUGGAGGUGCGAUAUUCUCUCGUAAAGUUGAUUGUGUUAAGUGGGACCCACAGUAAGUUUUUUCCGUGGGAGAUCAAAGGCAAAUCGGGUUUUUCGCAGGCUUCCUUUUGUAUUUGACGAGCCUGUUAGCAAACUUUUUUUUUUCGGUCCUCUCUCUGUUCCAAGAGAGAGGCCGAUUCUUUGAAUGCCUUUGGUUUUUCUUGAGAAAUACGGUUAUGGGGUUCCGCUUCUCCGCUUCUCGACUUUACCCCCUUAUGGUGGUGCUUCACUUCAAGCUUCGUCGGAGUUUUCGAGCUACUCGGUACUACUACUACUACUACUUCCCGGUUUCAUAUUGUGUCAGAAUAAAAAGCUUUUCUUGGCUUAGUUUAUGUUCUAUGGUAUUAUUAUUAUCCUAGUACUUUGUGCCGUGUAUGUACGAGUCGUGUUUGUUGUUCGUUUGAAGUUGUGUUUGUUGUGUGUGUGUCUGUGGGUAGUUUUCGAUUUUAGGCGAUCGAUUUUAGGGUUACGGGGGAUGUCUGUGUGACUCGGGACUUGGCCAUGGCAGCUUAAGAUUAGUUCUUUUGUUUGCUAUGAACAGCCUUUAUAUAUGGCUGUUUUUUUUUCUUUGCCUGGUUCUAGGUUUUUUUAAUGGGAUUAUUUUAUUAAUCCUGUUUAUGCAGAUUUUCCCCUUGGUCUCUCUUGAUUGAUUGUACUAUGAAUGAAGCUACUCUUCUUGAUAUGUAAUAAAAGAAACUGGGUUGUUGUGUCUAAA